GCCGCGCGCCGUCAGUGCACUCGCCGCAGGCCGAACGUCCGCACUGUGUAUGUCCACACGCGUUGUCGGAUAGGUGAAAUCUCGUCGGUCCCACGUGCGCAGCCCUCGUAUUGUCGUCCACUGUGGAUAUAUACUAUCGCCGGAAGUCCGAACCACUGUCGCCGCCUAACCCGGGAACACCGGUGGCCGGCACUAUAUCAGUUCACGGGGGGGUGGGGGUGCUCUGGAAUUUUGAAGAAAUUGUUAUUAUGACGCGCUCGCACCGCUAGGGAACUCUUGAAAUCCACACGUCUUGCCAUGCUGUUGUUUUGCCAAAGACCGGACCGGUACGUGGUCAUCUGGCUGUUUCAGAUACUCACCGUCAUCUGUGCAGUAUUGACGGAUGAUCCGAAUUUCGCAGAGCCUAUACCAAAUGUUACAGUGUCGCUGGGGAGGGACGCAUCCCUUCCAUGUGUAGUCAACAAUCUCGGCACGUACAAGGUGGCGUGGAUCCACAUCGAUCGGCAAAUGAUAUUGACUAUUCAUCGUCACGUGAUAGCCCGAAUACCACGAUUUGGGAUUACGCACGAUAGUCAAAAAACGUGGCUGUUGCAUGUCAAGGGCGCGCAGCCUGAAGACAGAGGCUAUUAUAUGUGUCAAGUGAACACAAACCCCAUGAUCAGUCAAGUUGGAUACUUACAGGUGGUUGUACCACCAAAUAUCAUUGAUGAAGAAAGUUCUACAUCUUCGGUAUCCAUCCGAGAAAAUCAAAAUCUAUCCCUUACGUGCAAAGCAGAAGGAUCACCGACACCAAAAAUUAGUUGGAAAAGAGAAGACGGUAUUAAUAUAUCGACGGAUCGAAAAAAAAAAGCUGUGGAGAAGCUGUUCGGCGACACGUUAAACUUGACAAGAGUCAACAGAGCGGAUAUGGGCGCAUAUCUCUGUAUCGCUAGCAACGGUGUGCCUCCGUCAGUUAGCAAGCGCAUUAUACUCGACGUCGAAUUCUCACCGAUGAUAUGGGUACCGAAUCAGUUGGUUGGAGCUCCAUCCGGUACGGACGUGACGAUCGAUUGCCAGACGGAGGCGUAUCCUAAGUCGAUAAACUAUUGGUCGUUUCGCGACUCGAAAACGAUGCUGUUCGCCAACAAGAAGUACGUGACGUCGGACUCCGAAAAAAGGUACCACAUCCACAUGCGACUCACUAUCAGGGACCUGACCCAAUCGGAUUUCGGAAAUUACAAGUGCAUAUCCAAGAACUCGCUCGGCGAAACCGAGGGCUCCAUCAGACUUUACGAAAUACCAAAACCUUCUUUAGCCCCAAAAAGUGCGUCCGAACUCAACCGGGCGAAUAAAGAAGUUUUGAAGCAACCGAAAGUGUCGGUGGUGCGAAACAUGACUGGCCAGUCUGUCCGGGACAACCGGCAGCAUCAGUCGCGUCCCGUCAGGCCCACCGUUCCUGGGAGACUCGAGGCCUCAGGCAAUUGGGGGCCUAGCAGAUAUAGCCGGUCUCAAAUCGUAAUAACCGUGUUUGGUGUAGUCACGUGUCUCACGUCAUCGCAUCACAUACCAUCAUGAACGGCUCAACAUCCUUAUUAUAUAUUAUCAUAACAUUAUACUAUUCUACAAUAAUAGCUGAAUUUUUGUUUUUGUUUUGUUGUAUAAAUUUUAAUAUAUAUUAUUAUAAUAAUUAUGAAUUGUAAGUUAAGUAUGUUACGAAUCUCAACAAAUAUUAUUGUUGUGAAUAAUUAAAUAAUUAAUUACAAUAACGCUUGAUAUUAUCGAAAUGCUAUAAUAGAUAAUAAUUUUAGGUACUGCUGCAAUUUUACAUUGAGAAGGUAUAAUUCUAGUUGCGAUAGAAAUUAUUAUAUUUUAGAACUCAUUGUUGAAGAAUCAAAUAUCAUCAUAAUAUGUGUCAAUCUAAUAAAAAAUGUUAUAUAUAUAUUUGAAAUACCUAGUAUUUUAAAAACUUGUCAAUCUAACUUGCACUUUAUUCGCGUAGUGCCGUGUGUUUAUACUAAUUUUGUUCCAUUGAAUAUAUUUUUUUUCAAAAAAAAAACAUCAUAAAAGAACAUUUAAUUCCCCUAAAUAUAGAGUAUUAUAGGUAGAUUAUAUCACUUAAAAAAAAUAGAAUGCUAUAAUAAACUCUAAUUUUGCUUUGAAAUACAACCAUGCUUGCUGGUUGUACUAAUUGCAUGAAACGUACAAAUAAAUCUUAAUAUUUCUUAUGAUUUGGAGGGUAAAAAUGAUAAUGUUUGUUGGAUCACCCCAUGAAAACGUUUGGACAUUUUGAGUGGCGAAAGAACUAUGUGUAUAAAUAGAAUAUUUAUUAACUAUAUGUAUAAAUAAUAUCUCGAGUGGAAAAAAGGUCCUAUCGCCGUUUUGGAUGACCUGUACAAUAGAUUCAAUAGAAG